GAAAAUGUAAUGUCUGAAAGCGAUCAGCUUAACGAGAAACGACAGACUCCCUUCAUACAAAGGCGAGGAAGUGUAUUUGGCAACUCUGUUUCGAAACAACACAUAAAAAUGAAACAGUACAUUCCAGAUAGUUCCUUCCACAAACUUAUGAGGCUCUACGAUAAGGACACAGCCGAGCAUGUGAUAUAUGAGACGACCAAUAACAAUGCAUGA